GCCUUUUUUGGGAGUUGGGAUUCUAGGGUUUAAGGUGGUGUAUACGGAAGGCAAUCAAGUUGGUCUCCGGGCGAUUUGAGCGAGUAAAAUGUCGAAGAAGAACAAUUUGGCGAAGAGAAAGAAGCAGCACGAGUUCGAUCUCAAAAAGGAGAGAGAGGAACGAGAAAAGAAGGCUACGAAGCUUCAGGCCAAUAAGAACAAGAUGAAAGUUGAUGGUGGUAAGAAGAAAAACAAAGGGUCCAGUGGUUUUUCUGUUGGCAAGAAGAAGUUGAAGACCAAACUGACCCCAACCGCGAAGGCUAAAGCCGCCCAAGCAAUGGAGCUCGACAAAUGAGAAAGUAUGUUUCUUUUUUGUCUAUUCUAACUACGCUCGAACAAGAUCUUCAUUUGUCUGUAUCACUACAUUGAGGAAAUCAAGUGGAAGCCUUGUUCAGGCGUCUCAUUUUUUAUGCAUUCUUGACUCCCCACCCAAUAUGUAUGCCUUUGUUAUCUUGCACCAUGAUUGCGUCCUUUGCUCGCAUUGGAGACCCAUAUGUUACCAUUUUUACAUC